GCCACCGUCCGACACGCGCAUGCCGCCCACCUGCACCUGCACCUGCCUGCGGUCCGCACGCCGCCACGCUGGUUGCGUGCGUGCAGCCGGCGGCCAUCCAGCCGAACCCCCCAACCAUAUCCUCCCCGGUCCACGUCGCGACGCGGCGCCGUGCGUUCCGGUGCCUUCCCCCCGGACCCGGAUCGGUGCUGCCUUCCGCCUCACGUCGGUCUCGGUCCACCAACCUGGCGAACACGUAAGCCCCGCGCGCAGCAGAGCACCCACCGCCGAGUCUUGCUUGGACGGACGGAGUCGGAGAGGAGACACAACAACCUAUAAAAGGGCGGCCGCUCUCUCUCUCACCCACACCACACCACCUCCGCACGAAAAACAUCACCGCAUCUUCUUUCCGAGCAGUACGUAGUACGUACGUAGCUGAAUUGCUGAAAAGAGAGGCGGAGAUCCGAUCCGACCGCGAAGAGAUGACUCACCCGAGGCCGGAUCAUGAGCCGGCGGGCGAGGUGUCGCUGGCGCUGGCGCUGAGCACGGACUCGUCCGGCGGCUCCGCGGGUGCCCCGGCGGCGAAGCGGGCGCGGCGGAGGGGCGCCGCGGCGGCCACGUCGGGGGAGGGGGAGUUCGUGUGCAGGACCUGCAGCCGCGCCUUCACCUCGUUCCAGGCGCUCGGCGGCCACCGGACCAGCCACCUGCGGGGCCGCCACGGCCUCGAGCUCGGCGUCGGCGCCAGGGCGCUCAGCCGGCAGCAGCACAAGCAUCAUCAGCAGGCCGGCGACGGCGGCGGAGGAGACAGGGAGCCGCUGGCGCAGCACGAGUGCCACGUCUGCGGGCUCGGCUUCGAGAUGGGGCAGGCGCUGGGCGGCCACAUGAGGCGGCACCGCGAGGAGACGACGACGGGCGCCGCCGACGCCUGGGUCUGGCGCGCCGACGACGCGCUGCAGCGGGCCCGCGGGGGCGCCGCCGACCCGCCCGUCUUGCUCGAGCUCUUCGCCUAGCUAGCUAGAUGAUCCGUAGCGGCGGCAUUGAUUAGUAUAUAAUCCACCCAGGACAUGUAAAUCUUCUUAGGCCCUGUUUGGGAACAAAGUUUUUGAAAACCACAGUUUUUGAAAUACUAUACUAUACUUUAGUUAUGACAA